UGAGAUGGAAAAAGGGACAAAAGAGUUGCAGCAUAGCUACAUACAAAUGCACACGUCCAUACACAGAAAUAUUGAACUCUGUAAACGUAUCAGGAAAAACUACAUGCCGAAAGAAGAACGCUUACGUGAGCAGCAGCUACAAGACUUAACUGAGAGUGCACAAGAGGAGCUGCUUGAAGAGAACCAAAUAAUGCACGGAAAUUUGAGGAAACUCAAGAGAAACACGUCAAUAAUAUUGGAUACAGAGGAGGGAGAGCUGUCAGCUGAUGUGGAUGACUUAACAACUGAUAUUGACAACCUGGCAGGCCGGGAUGAAGAAGAAAGGGUCAAACAAGAUACAAAAUAUAAUGUUAUAUCGGUCAAACAUUCUGCGGUCGGUGAAGGCUCGUUUGGAGAGGACUCUAGGAGAAUCAUACAACAUGAAGUUAUCAAUGAAAGCAUACUGGUGUCGACACUACAACCAAGGACUGCGAUGACAGGUGGAAUACGAGAAACGGCAAUCGGAAAGCGAAGUCAUCCUAACGUAUUUCAUACGUUCCGAUACGAAUCAAUGGAGUGUUUAAAGAAGUUGUUUUAUGAUUCUGAUAAUCCCAAUGUGUCAUUUCGUGCAACCCGUGUUAAAGACCGAAUGUACAGACGUAACACAGGGGCCCUUGUUAGGCUAAAGACGGUGGUGCUAACAGUUAACAAAGCAGACCAUAUGUACUACAACAGAUAUUUGAAAUACCUACCCUACGCUAUUGUUUACCUUCCAUCAGAUUAUUAA